AUGGCAUUGAAGAAGAGUCUCUCUGCUUCUCUUCUUUCACCAUUUCUGAUCAUAUGUUUCAUUGCAUUGCUCUCUGAUCCGGUCUCAGUCGGAGCUCGCCGGUUAUUGGAGAAUGCCAUGCCGGAGAUACCGACAUUGCCUGAACUACCUAAAUCCGAGAUGCCGAAAUUGCCCGAAUUUCCGAAGCUUGAGUUGCCUAAGUUACCGGAGAUUCCAAACCCCGAGUUACCAAAGAUGCCUGAAGUUUCAAAGCCCGAAUUACCGAGAAUGCCAGAAAUUCACAUGCCGGAGGUUCCGAAGCUCGAAUUGCCGAAGAUUCCGGAGGUUUCAAAGCCUGAGUUACCGAAAAUGCCAGAGAUACCGAAGCUUGAGUUACCAAAAUUGCCUGAACUCCCCAAGUUCGAUGUCCCAAAGUUGCCGGCGUUUACAGUGCCCAAGUUUCCCUGA